CGUGAGAUAUACCCUGUCUAUUAUUUUCGGGAGGGGCUAUGGCUUAGAUGCGGAGUUCUGGAGUAUUUAAUGCUCAUUUUGAGCUACGAUUAAUUCUAUUAGAAUGGAGAACGAAGAAAAAUAUAUUAAAACUACAAUCAUCUGGGAACGGAGAUUAAAAAAGUUUUCAAAGCAUCUUGAAAUGUCUUUACUUGAUGUAGAAUUUAACAAAGAAAUGCUUUUUGAUGCUUUACAGGAUUUAUUUUCAGAGAAUGUAUCUGUUGAUAUGAAAAUUCAGUUAGUAUUGUUUGUACAACAACAGGUUGAUUUGCUGAUAAAUGAUGCAGACAGUGCUGAGCAAGUCUUUGGUUCUCUUCUCAAUAUUUACCGCUAUCCUGGAAAUCACUUGAUCUUAUUAAAAUCUGAAAUAUUGGUUGCUCUCACUGUUAUAUUCAUUCAGUUUGACUUAAUGGAUAGUCAUGCAGAUUUUAUCACAAUGUUGUGUGACAUCAUUCUUCGGGUAAAUUCUGGUCAACCAUUAAUAAGAAAAACCUCUAGUGAAUGUUUGUGUAUGCUAGAAGAAGCCUAUGAGGGAAUUUUGUGUGAACAGCUGCAAAGUUUCCUGGCAACAUCCAUUGAAGAAAGAUCAUUUGCAUCCAAUAGUCAUCUGAUUUUAGUUGGGUGUAUAUUUAAUCAUGCAAUGCAAAAAAUGCAGAGCAAUAAAGAAGCAGACAAGGUGUGUAGCUUUGAUGUAAGCAAGUGUUCAUUAUAUUUGAUCAAACAAAUGAGCACUCUUUCUCCAACAGGCUUGCUUCAACUUGUACCAAAGGUGCUGCCAUAUUUAGAAAAAAGUAAAAUUCCAAAAUUGGUUCUUGGGACACUCCUAAUGUACUCCAGUCAAUCGUGGAAUUUAGCACUAAUCUACGUUUCAGUGUUUAUGCAGAACAACUAUCCAUCUUUAUUUCAACAACUUGAUGAAACCUGGCUGAUGUCUGUUCUUAUGAAACUUUUGAUGUUAAAGGAACUACAGCAGCUGCCUUAUGAGCAAAGACAAAUAGUAACAUAUUGGAUUGAAAACUAUAUACAGAGACUUCCAAAUGAGUUAAAAGUUCCAGCAAGUUUGCAUGCAUUUCCAAUAUUGGAACCAACUAUUUAUGAUUGUUAUGAUAUCUUUAACUCUAAGCUGGACUGCUUGGCACAUAUUACACAACACACAUCAUCAAAAUGGUCGCUCACAACACAAACUAAUAUAUUUAAUGGUAUGGUCAGUCAUGCAAGGCAUACAAAAACUUGUAAAGAAACAGCAGUUUUGUUUCAUGGACUGUAUCAGUUAUACAAACAUGGCGAGGGUCAGUUUAAAGAAAAAAUAUUAAAACUGGUUGAAGAUCUUACAGUAUAUACGUUACGUGUCGUUCCGAGCACUAUCGAUUUUUGUGACAAAAUUAAUCUUGACGAAAGUUCCAACGUGCUUCUUAAAAGUAUCACUCAACAUCUCCUAAGAUUCAACGUGAAAGAUAUCUUAAAUAACUUGAAAUACUACCUUUCAAUGAUUGAAAAAGUAGCACUGGCACCUGAUAUAUGCCCCAUGCUCAUCAUUGAAAAAUUAAAGCACAUUUCAAGAACUGCGCAAAUGAAAAACUGUAGUUGGAAAAAUGGAAACCUACUGCUUUCUGUUUGUAAAAACAUAUUGAAAACAUCGAAAAUGCCGCAAGUUAAAUAUGAUGUGGCUUGCUUACUAUGGAACAUCUCACAAUCUUUUCACAACAACAAUCUCUGUGACAGAGCACUGUUUACAUAUCUCAUCAUUGGGAACAUAUCGCCUGAAUAUUAUGAAAACAUCCUCUUGUCAUCAAACCACUCAUGUAAGACUGAUGAGGGUGGUACUAAUUUAAUCGUUACUUCCAACCCUUCGACAUCCGAAAGUUCGCUUCUUAUCACUCCAGCCAAAACAAACUUUCUAUCAUUCACACUAUUACCUCAAUCUGAGGAGUUAUGUCGAGGGAAUACAUUAACCGUUAAUGCUACUGAAGAUCUAUUAACAGCGUAUCAUGCAGCCAUGAAAGCAACAGAAUUCGAUAGUGAUAUUACUCACACGUUUUCCCUAGAAUUUGAUGACAAUGUGCCAGAUUCUCCAGAUAAAUUGUUUGCUAUUGAAGUUACCAUAACAACAUCGGGACCAUUUGAAAAAAUCCAAGGUGCAUCUUGUCCUUAUAUGUUUAAAAAAUCAUUAACUGAAAACAAAACAAAAGGAGAAGUGAUUACUGUCAAGUUUACACCAAGGAAACCUCAACCAUCUUUGUUUGAUGUUUGCGUGAGUUAUAUGGACGAUGAUAACAAAUGCUGUAUGGUAAAUUUACACCCAUUCCAAUUGAAAUUUGAAGAUCUUUUCAAACCUUUGAUGGUGAUAGAGGACAAGAAGGAUGAUGAGCUGUGUCUAUUUGAUUCCCUUUGGAAGUACUUAACACAAGAUGAAGUCUCUUCUAACAGGAAGCACACACAGUCGAUACACCAUCUUGGAAACACGCCACUGGAAUAUAUAACUGAACGUUUGCGUCAGUUUGUUAUAGCUAGAAAAGAUAAUCAAUUAUAUGUUGGUAUAUUUCUACCUCCAUCCAAUCAUAUGCUCUUAAUAUUUAUCUUCGAUGAGGGUGUAACAAACGUCAAGAUAGCGACAGACGAUUACAUGUUAUUGGACGAGAUAAAUACGUUUUUAGAAGGUUUAAAAACGUGAAAUAACAAAUGGCUUUCGCCCCCAUUAAUCUUUAGAACCCAAUCCCCUAGUGGUACUCCACUUUUAUAUUUGCAGCAUUGCAACAAAAUUAAAUCUAGAAUUGUUUUGUGAAUCAUGCUUUUCUUUCUCGCAUAUAACUAAAAAAAAUUCCCUGAAGAAAAGGUUUUUAUCAAAUUAUCGAGUGCGUGAAAGAAAGUAUAGUUUUCCGAAAUAAAUAUAAAAAAACCCUAUCCGCAAAGUUUAUUCUAUGGAUUUUUCUUUCGUCUAUUGAGAUGCUUAAAUUAAAAAGGCUUUUUUUACAGUAUACAGAACUUAGAUUUCCGAUUAAAAACUCUGAACUAACGCUUUAUUUUGCAUUUCGAAUAUUUAUAUCGGGAACAACAAAAACUGUUUUCGCACAAAAUACUAAAUUGCGUUCAUUACCCAUCGUUUUAACCAAAUAUUUUGGUGAUUUGAGAGGUUUUCAAGGAAAUACGGAGCUUUUUAUUUGCGACUAACUAACAUUUUCUUACUUUUUGUAGAGCUUAAUUUUGCGAUUAGGGUUAAAAUCGCAAAAAUUACUUUCUUCCCGCAAAAAUUUCUUCCCUAUUCAAAAAAAGUGAUAUGAAGUUUUAUUUUUGUUCAGACUUAACAUAAAUAUUUUCUUUAAAGUAGAAAUUUACUGUCAAUAUAGCAGCACACAUCAAAAACUUCUGACAGGUGGAUGAUAAUACCUGUAAGAAUAUUCAACUUUGCCUAAGUUACUCCAAGUUGAAUGAAAUCCGAAUAAAAUAUAUAUAUAAUUUAUAAGAAUUUUUUUUAUAUAGAUUGUAAAUAUUUUUUAAAAUGAUAGAAACAAUAUGUUUUUCUGCAAUAUCUCGACAUCCUAAAAUUUAAUAAAUGUUCUAUAUUGCCUUUGAAUGUCCUAAACGUAUGGA